AUGAGCUCGACGCUUCCAACGACUCCCGCAGAAUGGGAGGUCUUUAAUCAACAUAUCCACAGUCACUUUGACUCUUCCAUCUCUCACAGGGCACGCGUUAUCAUUUGGAUUGUUACAAUAAUUGGGCCGGUUCCGGGAAUUCUUUAUCUAAUCAGUGCUGUCAAAAGGUGUCUGACAAAUGGGUGGUGGUUGGUCAAGAUCGAUGAAAGAGGAUACCUUUACCCGCAUACUCGGGUUGUGCUUGCGUUUUGGGUCGUCGCAUUUACCUUAUUAAAUCUGGCGCAUUCAAUCAGUUUACUGCUAGACUGCCGAUCUCAUCUUCAUCCUCGGACCCUUAUUUUCCAUUUUGCAUCUUUUGCCCCGUUGGGAUGCUUCGGCUGGACAAAAGGGUGGUCUUUAUUUUACGCAAUGCCGCCAUCUCGAUAUCGUUUGGCACAAGUGAACCAGAAAAGUGGCUCUUGUCCCCUACAAUCGAUGAGACGCCCCAUUCCAGCGUAUCUGUUCAACCCAUUAAUCAUCAUCGGGCACUUGUUGUCCGCGUUUGGGACGUUACCUUGGCUGAUUCCCGCCGUCAAGGAUUCGUACUCAGUGAUGUCAGCUUGGGAUGAGUACGAAUCCUCAUACGCGCGAAUGGUCGCUCCGAGUUCAGCCCCAGUUAUCCGCUUCGGCAGUCAGAUUCAGGCCCUACUCGCUUUGAAGCAGAUGAAGAAUUCCAUGGAAUCGAUUCGAAGCAACCUUAAGAAUGCAUGCAUCUUAAUCUUAGUGAUAGCCAUAACACAAUUAAUCAUUUUGAUUUGGUGCUCACAUCGGAUACUGGGGGCGCUUUACUUCCAAGGAAAAUUUUUACGGAAAGCAGCAUCGAGACACGUAGACUUAGAAAUUCAGUCUGUUCACACUGAUACAGGAUGGACCGGUUCACCGAAACCCAAAAAAACGGAACCAAAACCGACAAAAAUCGUGUCUGCUCCCAAAUCUCCCUCAAUAUCCGGAUCCGUCGGUUCACUUUCGACCAGGAUGAGCUUCAUGUUUCACUGGAAAGAUUUGUUGCCAAGCCUUGGAAAGGGAACUCAAGUCUCAGCUCGCCUUUGGAAUUCCGGGCCAUUUCAGAAAACUCAGGAGCAGAUGAUGGUUGAUGGGCGGAAAGACAUGUUAGCUUUCUAUCGCAAAUUGAGGCGGUAUGCGAUCAAUACAUUCUGGCACAUAUUUCUAGCAGCCGUCGUGAAGUUAUCUUACAUAACUCUGUGUUUUCUAUUGACUUUAGGAGCCUUUGACCACAUGUCUAUCAUGGACUUUGAGGUCGCAAUCUUCAAUUGGGUAAACAUUACUUGGAACUUUGGUGUAGGACUGAUUCUUGGUAUCGUUUCGUGCAUUGUUGUGUUUACACCGACCCCGACGCUUCCUCGCGAACCGGAAGUAUGGGAGGGGGAAACCGAUCACACCGAAGAAGUUGGCAAGUGA